AAACAAAUUAGAUCACGUUAAUCAGAACCUAUUAUUAAAACGAAUCAUCUCAACCUUUCCAGAUUCCAAUCUCAAUCCAUCGCAUUCAUCCAUCCUCAUCCAUCCACUUCAUCCUUUUAUUCCAAGCUCACUCAAUCAUCAUAUCCAUCAUAACCACAAUCUCAUCCUACUCUUUCAUAUCUCAAUCAUUACCUAUCCAAGAUGGGUGCUGGUCUCUCCAAGGCACUCGCCAAGAUGUUCGGAAACAAAGAGAUGAGGAUUCUUAUGCUCGGUUUAGAUGCUGCUGGGAAGACAACGAUUCUUUACAAACUCAAACUCAAUCAGAGCGUCACUACAAUUCCAACAGUUGGUUUUAAUGUUGAAACAGUCACGUACAAGAACGUAAAGUUUAACGUCUGGGAUGUCGGAGGUCAAGAUAAGAUUCGUCCACUUUGGCGGCAUUAUUAUACUGGUACCCAAGGACUGGUUUUCGUUGUCGACUCACAGGAUCGGGAACGUAUAGAAGAAGCACGCCAAGAGCUACAUAGGAUUCUCAGUGAUCGCGAAAUGAAAGACUGUCUAUUGCUCGUGUUUGCCAACAAACAGGACUUGCCAGGAGCCAUGUCACCAACAGAGGUCACUGAGCGUUUAGGGCUCCAUCGGAUGAAAGAUCGGUCGUGGUAUUGUCAUCCCAGUAACGCACUUGCUGGUGACGGUCUCUUCGAAGGACUAUCAUGGCUGAGUCAGAAUGUGAAGAAGCCUGGAACAGCUGCUACAUCAUAGGUUGCUUUCACUCGACGGAUUCGCAGAGCCAAAGCUUUUUGAUCUUCACAUUCUUCACUUUUUCCCCUUUACAACUUCCUUGACUCAUUUUCUUCUUACUUCGUUUUGUCUCGCGAUGAGUUAUCAAAUAAAUGGCUUUAAAUCUUUCUUUUCUUAUCGGAUCAAUUGGAUUCUUCAAACCACAUGUGUGGAUCUCACUUCAAAGCUUGCAAUAUGUGAGAGUUUACGUUGUCUGUUGAUGAAGAACAACGGACUAUCGUAUAUAUGUAUGUGUGUUUGUGAAGGGCUCUUCACUUGAGCUAGAGCACUGGAUGAGGGAGUGGGGAGUGUCCUUCAGAUUUGUUUUGGUCACGAACUCGAUUUUGUUAAUCACUUGUCUCAACUUGUUUUUCAAUAUACUAUGCGAUGUUUUCUUCCUGCCCUGCUGUCAAGAUUUCACUUUCUCAUCAAACACUAGUUGAUCAUUGAAUUGCAUUUCUGAAAAUGCUUACUUACCUGUGUGACUCUUGGUCUUGGUUCAGUGUCUCCCUUCCUUGAUUUUAUCUUUAUUUUAAAUUUCGGGUUGAUAAGCAUGUGCUUGUCUAUGUUGUGUUGUUUUUUUGUUUUUGUUUUAAUAUUUGAAUCUUGUGAUUUUUUGUUUUGUUUCAUUCUUUUAUCUUUUAUUAUCAUCACCAAAUUCCAAAGCUAUUUCUUACUGAUUACUCUUUUUACUUGCAAAAAACAAUUUGCAUCACAUGACUUUUUGACCUAAGUUUUAUUUAAUAUUUAUUGAUUUGCUGUUCAAAUUAUUUAUACUAACAUACAGUCAACUCCCUCUAAUUACAUACAGUUUGGCGGGUGGUUUUCUCAUGC